CCUGCUCUGGCGGAGAGAUUAUUAUGAGGCAGCGGAAUGGCUGAUGACGCUAAUGCUGAUGCGCGGAUCAAACAACAAAACCUGACGCAUCGUUCUGAAAAGUGAAACCUGAUAGAAGGAUAGCUGAAGAAUGAGACUACGGUUUGUAGAUAAACAAUGGCAGCAGGGCCAGCGGAUGGUAAUCUAUGGGGCGGUCUUCCUCAUAAUGACCCUCCUCAUCCUCUACAGCUCCAACAGCUCAAACGAACUUUACAGCCCCUUUAGAGACAAAGACUUCCACCACGCCGUCAAACACACAAACCUCAAGAAAUGGGCUGGGAAGGAGGGAUACUUACCUGUUUACGGCAACAAGAGUAUGACCCUACACUGUCAUCGGUGUGCUUUGGUGACAAGCUCCAGUCACGUGUUGGGGACUCAAGCAGGAGAGGAGAUCGAUCGUACUGAGUGUGUCAUCCGAAUGAACGAUGCCCCAACAUCUGGAUAUGAAUCAGACGUGGGGAACCGGACCAGUGUGCGCAUCGUGGCUCAUUCCAGUGUGUUCCGGGUCGUUCGGAAACCUGCAGAGUUCCUCAAUCGCUCAGAGAGCCCUGCCAUCAUAUUCUGGGGCCCGUCGUCAAAGAUUGGACGAGAUGCGAAGGGAACUCUGUACCGGCUCAUCCAUCGAGUCAGUAUGACCUUCAGUAACCUCGCGUUUUUCGUCGUCUCUCCCAGCAAAAUGCUGAAGUUUGACACGCUCUUUCAGAAAGAGACCGGCCAGGACAGAAAAAAGUCGCAGUCCUGGUUAAGCACAGGCUGGUUCACCAUGGUGAUCGCCAUAGAGAUGUGUGACAACAUAAAGGUUUAUGGAAUGGUGCCGCCCAGUCACUGCGGGAAACAUCCACAGCCUAAACGGAUGCCCUACCACUAUUACAAACCCAGGGGCCCGGACGAGUGCAUCACGUACCUGCAGAACGAGAGAGGGCGCCGUGGAUCACACCAUCGCUUCAUCACAGAAAAACAGGUGUUUGCUCGCUGGGCUAAAAUGUACAACAUCACUUACACCAACCCAACAUGGUGAGCAACACAUCCAACAU